AAGAUGAUCUUACAUAUAAUAGUACAUGCAAUGAAAAUUUCAAGAAAUAAAGGAUUUUUAGUAUAAUAAUAUUACCAAAACUGUACUAACAGAGUAUGAUAUCAUAAAAGUUGUAGGAAAUAUUAAAAAUCUGCAACUAAUAGGAUUACUUCUCUUAUAUUCUAAAAUACUUUUUUCCCUCUGGCUCUAGUUUUGUUCAUCAGUUUAUGUUGUUCAUUAUACUCCACAAAUGAGUGAAAUCAUGUGCUAUUUAUCUUUCUCCGACUGACUUAUUUUGCUUAGAAUAAUGCUCUCCAGGUCCAUCCAUGCUGUUGCAAAUGGUAAAAGUUCCUCCUUCUUUACAGCACCGUAGUAUUCCAUCAUGUAGCUGUACCACAGUUUUCUAAUACAGUCAUCUGCUGAUGGUUACUUAGGCUGUUUCCAAAUUUAGCUAUUGUAAGUUGUGCUGCUAUGAACAUAGGGGUGCAUAUAUCCUUUCUAAUUGGUGUUUUUGAUUUCUUGGAAUAUAUUCCUCGAAGUGGGAUUAUUGGGUCAAAUGGGAGUUUCAUUUUUAAUUUUUUGAGGAAACUCUAUACUAUUUUCCACAGUGGUUGCACCAAUCUGAAUUCCCACCACUAGGGCAAAAGAGGUCCUUUUCUCCACAUUCUCGCCAGCACUUGUCGUUUGCUGAUGGUAGCCAUUCUGAUAGGUGUGAGAUGGUACCACAUUGUUGUUUUGAUUUGCAUCUCUCGAUGAUUAGUGACUUUGAGCAUGUUUUCAUGUAUCUCUUGGCCUUCUUUAUGUCUUCUUUCAAAAAAUAUGUAUUUAGGUCCUUUGCCCAUUUUUUGAUUAGAUUGUUUAUCUUCUUUUUGUUAAGUAGUGUGAGUUCCCUAUAAAUUUUGGAGAUUAAACCCUUAUCGGAGAUAACAUUGGCAAAUAUGUUCUUCCAUGCAGUGGGCUUUCUUGUUGUUUUGUUGAUGGUUUCUUUUGCUGUGUAGAAGCUUUUUAUUUUGAUGUAGUCACAUUUGUUUAUUUUCUCUUUCGUUUCCAUUGCCCUAGGAGCUGUAUUGGUAAAGAUAAUGGUUCGACAUAUGCCUGCAAUUUUUUUAAUGUUAUUUUAAAAAAAUAUAUUUUUAUUGAUUUCAGAGAGGAAAGGAGAGAGAGGAAGAGAGAGAGACAUCAAUGAUGAAAAUCAUUGAUUGACUGCCUCCUGUGUGCUCCCUACUGGGCAUAGAGCCGGUAAGUUGGGCAUGUGCCCUUGACCGGAAUCGAAUCUGGGACCGUUCUGUCUGCAGGCGGAUGUUCUACCCACUGAGCCAAACCUCUAAGGAAGCGGUUCUCAACCUGUGGGUCGAGACCCCUUUGGCAGUCGAAUGACCCUUUCACAGGGGUCGCCUAAGACCAUCCUGCAUAUCAGAUAUUUACAUUACGAUUCAUAACAGUAGCAACAUUACAGUGAUGACGUAGCAAUGAAAAUAAUUUUAUGGUUGGGUCACAACAUGAGGAACUGUAUUUAAAGGGCCAGAAGGUUGAGAACCACUGCCUGGGUCAUAUGUCUCCUGUUUUGCUCCCUAUGGAUUCUUCUAAGAUUUUUAUGGUUUCCCAUCUUACUAUAACAUUUCUUGAGGAAGUAACGGUUUGUAUUGAAUCCAUACAGGGACCUGUGAGAGUGCAUGUUCUUGAUUGUUAACAUUUGUUUUUUCAGAUUAUGAAAGUUGGUUCAGCUUAUUUUUAAAAAAUAAAUUUUCUACCCUGUUCUUUUCCCACUUUUCUCUCUCUCUGUCUCGUUCCAUGACGAACACCCUUAGUGUUUCCUGGGAUUCCCAUAAUGCUAAUUACAGGUUGCUGCUGUGGAGCAGAGAAUGUGGAGGCCCCGACAGAACAGAAGGUUUCUGUAAGAGUGUCACAGGCAAGGAAUCCCAAGUUAGCCUUGUCUUCCCAGAAGACCCACCCCUGUGAGAGUUGUGGGCUAGUCUUAAGAAAGAUUUUCCAAUUGACUGAGCUGCAGGGAACACAACAUGGACAGAUGCUGUUGAGGUGUGGGGCAUGUACAGAACUAUUUUAUUUCAGUACAAAAUUUCACCAGCAGCAUGGGAGAGAGAACACUUUAAUGAGGGGCGUGGAGAGGAUGUCACGUUCAAAUGACUGCAAUUUCAAUGUGUCCCAGAAUCAUUUCACCUGUGGGGAGGCUGGGCAGGGCACACUUUCCUUGUCAGGGCAUCUUCACCUAAAGGCUGAUCAGACCUGGGACAGUCUAAAUGAUAUUUCUGUGGGUGGUUUGAUGUUUCAAAGGAGAAAAGAUUUUUACACCAGAAAAGAAUGUGAGGAAGACAUUGGCAGCAGUAAUCAUCAUCAUCAUCAGAGAGUUUGGACUGGAGAAAAGCCUUAUAAAUGCAGUGAAUGUGGGAAAUCUUUUAUCACCAUCAGUCACCUUUGUCGUCAUCAGAGAGUUCACACUGGAGAAAAGCCUUAUAAAUGCAGUGAAUGUCAGAAAUCUUUUACCAAUUGGAGUAGCCUCCAUUAUCAUAAAAGUUUUCACACUGGAGAAAAGGCUUAUAAAUGCAGUGAAUGUGGGAAAUCUUUUACCAGUAGCAGUGUCCUCCAUUAUCAUCAAAGUUUUCACACUGGAGAGAAGCCUUAUAAAUGCAUUGAAUGUGGGAAAUCUUUCAUCACCAUCAGUGACCUUUGUCGUCAUCAGAGAGUUCACACUGGAGAAAAGCCUUAUAAAUGCGGUGAGUGUCAGAAAUCUUUUACCAAUUGGAGUAGCCUCCAUUAUCAUCAAAGUUUUCACACUGGAGAAAAGCCUUAUAAAUGCAGUGAAUGUGGGAAAUCUUUCACCAGUAACAGUGACCUUCAUUGUCAUCACAGAGUUCACACCGGAGAAAAGCCUUAUAAAUGCCAUGAAUGUGGGAAAUCUUUCACCAGUAACAGUUAUCUUCAUCGUCAUCACAGAGUUCACACUGGAGAAAAGCCCUAUAAAUGCAGUGACUGUGGGAAAUCUUUUCUCACGAGCUCUCACCUUCAUCGUCAUCAGAGAGUUCACACUGGAGAAAUCCCUUAUAAAUGCAAUGAAUGUGGGAAAUCUUUUACCACUAGCAGUUACCUUCAUUAUCAUCAGAGAGUUCACACUGGAGAAAAGCCUUAUAAAUGCAGUGAAUGUGCGAAAUCUUUUAUCACGAGCUCUCUCCUUCAUCGACAUCAGAGAGGUCACACUGGAGAAAAACCUCAUAAAUGCAAUGAAUGUGGGAAAUGUUUUACCAAUAGCAGUAGCCUCCAUUAUCAUCAAAGUUUUCACACUGGAGAAAAGCCUUAUAAAUGCAGUGAAUGUGGGAAAUCUUUUACCCGGAGCAGUGAGCUCUCUUCUCAUCAGAGAGUUCACACUGGAGAAAGGCCUUAUGUGUGCAGUGAAUGUGGGAAAUCUUUUACCUGGAACACUGCCCUUCAUCGUCAUCGGAGAGUUCAUAGUGGAGAAAAGCCUUAUAAAUGCAAUGAAUGUGGGAAAUCUUUCAAAAGUAGCAAUGGUCUCCACUAUCAUCAGAGAGUUCAAACUGGAGAAAGCCAUUAUGCUUGCAAAUGACAGAGAUAUCUCAGCCAAAUUUCUAAAUUUGCUCUGCCCAUAUGAGUCCAAAUGUGAGUAAUUACUUAGAUGUAUAGGAAAUGUAGUUUCUUAGGUCUUAACAAUAGUAUAAGAAAAUUUGUGAAGUCUCAUUUGUCUGAAUUGUAUCUCAUGCAUUUAAUCACCUACAUAUGUAAAGUUCCCUUAAGUUUUUGCUAUUGUGUUUGUUUUUAUGCUGGAACCAUAUGUAUCUAUGUUGCACUUUCUGACAUACAGAGACAUGUUGCCAGAUCUAUGUCACUGCAUAUUUCUGUUGCUGAAGGUAUUUCACCUGAACCAUGUAUAAGACCCUUACAAAUGGUAUCCAUCACCAUCCUCAUGGGCCCAAGGAAGCUAUGUCUGUUGUCUAAUUUGUUGACGAAAAUGAGGAAUACCUGAGCCCUUAGUUCUUUCUUGUCUCCCUGUCUUGUGUUGCCACAUAGGACUCAUUAAUGUUGGCCCCAGUAAACAUAAUGUGGCAGAGGGCCUGCCAUUUUCAGGGACACACAUUCCCUAAAUGCCAGUGAUGAAUUUAUUGAGUUCCUAAGUCAUCAGUGGGAGAACUGCCAGUCUUCGGUCUCUUUCUUUGCAAAAUAAUGAAGGCUUUUUCCUAGCGCUUCCUUAAUUUUGGGUGUUCUAAUGACUCUAUGUAUUAGUUUAUAUCGGGAUCUGGCCUCUGCUAGCAUGAUGAGGUGAAAAACUUAUGGAGUCUCAAAUAUUCUUUGACGUUGAAGGAACGGUAUGGUAAAGGAAUUUCCACAGCAGUGUUUGCCAAAUGUACAUUGAUGCCCAUAUUUUCCUAGGAAACUAUUUGGGCUCUCUAGUCCUGAUGUGAAGAUGGAUGCUUUGAGACACAGAGAUCACUCCAAAAAGGAGGUAGCUGUGUGACAAGUUCAGGUUUAUCUCCUAGCAGUGUGAAAUUUUUUCUAGUUUCUCAAGGGAUGCCCAUACACUUGCCCAGGUCUUGCAGAGGGUCAUGUGCCCUAAAGCCUACAAUUUCAUGGCUAAUGGUCACCGAUUGGAAUACUGUAGCAGUUAGGGGAAACCAUUUCACUACAGAGACAUUGACCUGAUGAGUUUGUAGGGAAUUACAGCCCAUUAGAUGGAAUGUUCCUCAUCUAGACUUGCAUGCAAGAAUGGUUCUGAGAAAAAGACUACAGGAGCGAUGUGUACACAGAUCUGAGGAUCUCCAGGCAUGUUUAUCUUCUUCGGACACAGUCAUUGUCAUUCAGUAUAAUCAGUAGGUUUUGUGGCUUCCUAUAACUUCUCAGAUGUUCCCAUCAGAGCCAUUGGUGCACUGGCAGAAAAACAAAGACAAAGGCAAAGGGUGUCUAGUCCAGUGAUGUGACUUUUCUGACCUAGACAGCAUUCUUGUUGGUUUGGGUGAAAGUUUUUCAUUGUUUAUUACAUUUUCUGUCCCAGAGGGCAUAAGAAGGUGGAUUGCAUAUAGAUUUGCCAAACCUGUUUUUCCAAUAUAGUUCAAAAUACACAUUCUUAGAUUUUGAAUCAUUUUUUAAAAGGUAUAAUGAGUAAAGUACAGGUUAGGUAUACUGUUUCAUAAAGCAUGAUGUGUUAAUGUAACUAAAGCCAUCACUAUAAUCAUAAUAUUGACCAUAUCUGUCACUGUGAACUUGGUUCAUGACUUCUUUUGAGUCUGUCUCUCUGCUUCACAGCUUAAGUAACCAUUGAUUGACAUUCCAUCUUAAUAGAUCAGUUUGCACUUUUCUAAGGAUUUUUAUGUUUUAAUUUAUGUUUCAUAAAUUAUUGGAGAUUUAUUAAAGAUAUAUUAGUAAGUCAUCAUUUUCCUGAUAAGUAUUCUUACCUUUGAAUAUAUCACCAAUAGUUUAUCCAUUUUUUAUGAAUAUUUGGUCAUUUCUAAUAAAGCUAGUACAAACGUUA